AUGACUGGAAGUGUCUUCGACCUGACCGACAUCUCCUUCUUCGAGCUGGAUCGGCUCUUCGCGCAAAGCGUCCGCACUGUCAAGAGGAGGCAGCACAAGCGAAAGCGAAGGGUGAAACAAGGUGCCGCGUCCUCAAGUUCGGAGCGUUCUCGCUCGCCGCCACGACGUGGAUCUCUGCGCAUGGGCGGCCGGGUCUUGCCUCAGACAGGGGGAUUCACCGACAAAGUGGGCAUAGUGGAUCGCACGAUAGUGGUCACCGGCAUCCCCUAUGGCGCGGAUGAGAAGGUCCUGUUCAAGCACUACAGUAAGUGUGGCUUCAUCGAAGACCUUCAGAUGAUUUACAACCGCAAGAGUGAGCCUACUGGCGUGGCCAUCAUCGAGUACUCUCAGGAGGAGCCGGUAGCACGGGCUGUGGCCCUGCCUGCUCCCUUCAACGAGAUCCUCGGCACGCCCGUAACGACGAAGAGGGCAGAUGUACAGGUUCCGAAGAAGGACCCAGGCCCCAAACGAACGCUGACACGACAGCAGUUCACGCAGCAAGUCCUCAGCGGCCUCACGAAGGCGGCAGAGCCACAGCCGGACAAGCGCAAGCUCCACAUCAAGAACCUCAAGACGGUGGUGCGAGAAGAUGACAUGCGUGGCAUCUUCAAGCCCUUCGGUGACUUCGAAGACUUCCUGAUGGGAACUGGCGAGUGCUGGAUUACCUUCAAGAACCACAACGACGCCCAGGAUGCCAUGGCAUCCAUGCAGGGCUUCCAGCUGGUAGGACAAGAGCUCCAGAUCACGAUGCUGUCUGUCAACGCAAAGGCAGGUGCAGACGCCCUGUCGGAGCCUCCGAAGGCUAAGCCCUUGGAUAUCAAAAAUGACAGUGAUUUUGGCGCAACGGGCACAGGGUCCUCGAAUGUCCACGAUCGCAUUGACAUCAUGAAGAAGCUGAUGCAGUCACACUCAGGCUCCAAAGUGCCAACAGUUGUUGGCCUUGCUGUGCCCAGCGGAAGCAGUACUGAGCCGCCAGCAACGAUAGCAAUGACAGACGCCAACUCGAUGCCGCCGGUGCCAAAGCCUGCAAAGUCGACGAGCUGCACAUUACUUCUGCAGAAUAUGUUCACGCCCUCCAGCGUGGACCUGCAAAAGGACCCCAGCAUCUACGACGCCAUUCGCGAAGACACGCUCGAGGAGUGUUCCAAGUUUGGGAAGGUGGUGCACGUCACUGUUGACCCGCGUGGCAAUGCUGGGCUCGUCUACAUCCUCUAUGAGACGCCUCAGCAGAGACUGGCUGGCGAGCUGGCUUUUAACGGCCGCUGGUUCGAGGGCAAAAAGAUCACGGCUUCAGGUAUCGACGAUGAUAUUUGGCAAGAGCUUGCUGCGCAAAGCGAGAGCCCCUCCUAG